UAUAUUUCUUUUUCAUCAUAUAUCGCGAUACAAACAAUCACUUUGCCGGGCAACUUUUUCAUCACUGAUUCGAAUAGUGCGUUUGUUGAAUCUAAUUUUGCAAAAUUUCAUUCGUUUUUCAAUCCAUAAAGCAAAUGGAAACACCGAAUUUGCCCUAUUUGGCUGAAUAUUCAAAAAGUGGUCGUGCUGGAUGUAAACAAUGUAAAAAAGGAAUUGAUAAAGAUACGCUUCGUUUAGCUGUAAUGGUUCAAUCACCAUUUUUUGAUGGUCUAGCACCGAAAUGGCAUCAUUUUGAUUGUUUUUUUGUUCGUUAUCAUCCUAGAAAUGUUGGUGAAAUUAAAAACUAUGAAAUGUUGAAAUAUGAUGAUCAGAAAAAGAUUGAUGAAAUGCUGAUGAAGAAGCAGGUGCCUGAAACGCAAAAAAACAAUCGAAAGCGUAAAGUCAAAGUAAAUACUUCUCAAGAUUUUUUCGUUGAAUAUUCGAAAUCAAAUAGAGCUGCUUGUAUCAGCUGUACGGAAAAAAUUGAAAAAGAUGAAAUCCGUAUUGGGAAAUUGGAUGACGAUAGUGACGAAGCUAGACGUAUCGGACCAUUCAAACGUUGGUUUCAUGUGGAUUGUUUUCAAAAUAAUUGUGAUGAUCUUGGUUUCAUAUCAUCCGUUGAGUCGUUGAAUGGUUUUGAUGCCUUAAAAUCGGCAGAUAAAAAAAAGUUGCAAAAGAAGAUUUUAUCCUCAAGCAAAAUUGUGAAAAGCCAAACCAAAGUUGAAGAAGAUGAAAAACAACCCAAAGUUGAAGAAAAUUGUGUUAAAAAAGAAUCAAAUAAGGAAGAAAAAGCAUUGAAAAAACAAUCGGAUUUGAUUCAUCGUAAUUUGGAAAUGGUCAAAAGUUUAGCAAAAAACCAGAUUUAUUCAUUUUUCAUAGAAAAUGGAGUCGAAGAAAAGAAUAUUCCCGAUGAUUUUUCAUGUCGUAAAGAAUUUCUAGCCGAUGCAUUGGUAUUCGGAUGGCCAAGAAGUUGUGAUAAAUGUGGAGGAUGUUUUAUUUUUAACGUUUGGCGUUAUGUUUGCAGUGGCAAUUAUGAUGAAUGGACUCGGUGUACCAACGAAAUGGAAAACCCCCCACGAUCAAAAGUGAAAUUCUUCGAUGAUAAAAUACGUGAUAAAUUCAAAUAUAAAUUUAUUAAACGUCAACGUUUGGUUAAUGAAAUGUUUAAAAGCAAGUAUCAGAAAAAUCUGUUGGAAAAACAAAUCAAACAGUCGCAAAUCAAAAAUGAACCAAGUGAUAACGAUGAACAAGAAAAAGGUGUAUUGUCCGGUUACAUCAUUACGUAUUUGGGAAAAGAAAAAUUAGUAUCUGUCAAAAAUAAGAUUGAAAAGUUGGGAGCGAAAUACCGAAAUGAAAUCAAUCCAACUAUAUUGUGUGUCGUUUCCAGUGAAAAUCAUUGGCAUAGCUUAAAAAAAACUAAAAAAAUUAAGACGAUUGAAGAAAUGAAUAUUCCCGUUGUGUCUGAAGAUUUUUUUACAAAUGUUUCGAAUCCUACGAUAUCAGUACAAAAAGCCUUAUUAGAUUCAAAAAUAACAUUUUGGGAUCUUGAUGAAGAUGAAAUCACCAAACGUUUGGAAAAAUUAAAUUCCGUUUCUAAUAUAAAAUCCGCAUUUAAAUCUGGUUCUGGAAAAAGUCAAUCCAAAAGUCAAAAAGUUGUUAUUAAAGAUGGAAUUGCUGUAUAUCCAGAAUCUGAACUCCAGGACAGCGCUCAUGUUUAUAAAAAAGGAAAUGACAUUUAUAGUGUUGUCCUGAAUUUGGUUGAUGUUAAUACGAACAAAAAUUCUUAUUAUAAAAUGCAACUUUUGCAAAAUGAUAAAAAUGAUCAUUUAUUUUUUCUUUUUAAAUCUUGGGGUCGAAUUGGUACGGAAAUUGGCAAUACAAAACUUGAAAAUUAUUAUAAUUUAGGGGAAGCCACUGAUGCUUUUAAACGAAGUUAUUUUGAACGUACUUCAAAUCAUUGGUCUAAUCGUCAUAAUUUUGUAAAACAUCCAAAUUCAUAUUAUCCUGUUGAUAUCGAUUACAAUGACACGAAAGAAACUUCACAAGUGAUAAAAGUUGAAGAAUCAAAAUCUUUGUUGCCUUUACAAGUUAAAGAACUUAUUGCUCUUCUUUUUGAUAUUCAGAAUAUGAAACGAACUAUGAUGGAAUUUGAAUUGGAUCUUGAGAAGAUGCCACUUGGUAAAUUAUCAAAGAAACGAAUCCUUGAAGCUUGUGAAACAUUGAAAUAUAUAUCCGAUUUAUUGGAGCGAAAACCAAUUCCUCAAAACGAGUUGGUUGGAGCUUGUAAUAAGUUUUAUAGUUUAGUUCCACAUAAUUUUGGUAUGGAAAAACCACCAUUGAUAACAUCAUCAAAUAUGAUUUCAACGAAAAACGAAAUGCUCGAAUCAUUGCUUGAAAUUGAAUUGGCUUAUGAAAUUAUCAGUAAUAAUGAAAAUAGCAAUACCACUGAAGAUGCGCUCGAUUUUAAUUAUAGAAAAUUAAAAUCAGAAAUCAUUCCAAUUUCCAGAAAUGACGAUGACUAUAAAUUAAUUGAGAAAUAUAUCCAAAAUACUCAUGCAAAAACACAUAAUGUUUACACAUUGGAAAUAAUCAAUAUUUUCCGUCUUAAUCGAGAAGGAGAGGCCGAAAGAUUUGCUAAAUUUGCUGAUAAUCCAAAUCGAAUGCUGUUAUGGCAUGGUUCACGUUUAACCAACUUUGUCGGAAUUAUUUCUCAAGGUUUGCGAAUCGCACCGAAAGAAGCUCCUGCUACAGGCUACAUGUUUGGCAAAGGUGUUUAUUUUGCCGACAGUGUUUCUAAAAGUGCCAAUUAUUGUUACACAUCCUAUGAUAAUUCUAUUGGUUUAUUGGCUUUAAGUGAAGUUGCCAUAGGAAACAGUAAAGAAUUGAUCAAUGCUGAAUAUGUAGACAAAUUGCCAAAAAAAUAUCAAUCAGUCAAAGGUAUUGGACAAUCGUAUCCAAAUCCUGAAGAAAUGGUCAUCACUGCGGAUGGUGUUAAAGUACCCUUGGGUAAAAUGAUCAACAAUACUAAUCUAAUGAGAGCAUCAUUGCUCUAUAAUGAAUAUAUCGUCUAUAAUGAAGAACAAAUCAAGAUGAAAUAUUUGAUUCAAGUCCGUUUCAAUUAUAAAAAUCUCUUUUAGAUUUAUUUCAUAUUUAAUAUUAACAUUGAAAUUUUUUAAAUUAA